CGGAGUUCGGCGGGUCGCGCUGUGAGAACCGGAGACAUGAGCGCUCGGGAAGAGAAGCACCAGCGGGGCAGCAAGAGACCGGCCGCCAGGCGGGAGGAGGAGGCCGGAUGUGGGAGCUGGGAACAAGCAGAUCUGGGGAAUGAGGAAAGAAAGCAGAAAUUCCUGCGGCUGAUGGGAGCCGGGAAGAAAGAACACACUGGGCGCCUGGUGAUCGGAGACCAUAAAUCCACAUCCCAUUUCCGCUCAGGGGCAGAGGAUCAGAAAAUAAGCGAUGAGCUUGAGCACCAGUAUCAGCAGAGCAUGGACAGCUCCCUAUCGGGUCGGAACCGGAGACACUGUGGCCUUGGAUUUAGUGAGAGUGAAACCGCAGAAGAGAAAGCACCACCGCCCCCCCCUGAGCACCCUCCCAAAACAGAGAGCGAAUCAGAGUCCAGCAGUGAGGUCUCCAGUGAGGAGGAAGAGGAGGAGGAGAGCGACAGCGACUCUGCGUCAGACGACGACACCGCACACAAGCGCAAACCAACGGAACAAAGUGACAAGGACAUUCCGGACAGCAAAGAUCCCAAGAGCAACUACAAAAUGCUGUUUGUCAAGUCAACCGGCUCCUAACGCGGAAAGGGUUAAUCCCCGGAAUAUGGGUCAGGCCACUGUCUACAGAGCGCGCUCCUGUCACCGGCACCUUCCCUCAGGCUCAAACUCACCUCUGUCCCCCAUAGACUUCUCCUCUCAGUCCUGCAGUUGGUCCAUUUGAAAGGAGAGCAAAUAUCAAAGUGAAGGAAAUUUCGGCGCUGCAGGAAAGCCCACCCCGCUCCGUGCUGCCGCAACGGGGAUAUUUGAGUAAAUGCUUGUGCUGAAGGGGUUAAGAGAGGUCAGGUGAUGAUAAUCUCGUUAUGGAUCCUUUAGUGUUAAGCAAACGGACUCUGGCGUGUGUGUAUUUUUUUGACAUUCUUGUAAGUUGUGGGGAAAAUGCCUAUUUUUUUAAAGGAUGAAAAACC